AUUACCAUAUCUCUCGCCCAGUGGAUGAGCCCUAAAGCCGCCGUCUAGGGUUCUUCGCGAGAAAGGAGUUGUGGGGGCGCCAUGACUGCACAGACUGUGGCCGAGCACCUCGCCGAAGAGCUCAAGCAGCAGAAGCUCGCCGAGGGCGAUGAGCCGAUAAUCGAGGACGAUGUCGCGGACGAUGACGACGAUGACGACGAUGAUGAGGACGAUGCGGGAGAGGACGAGAUGCACGGUGAAGGUACUUCCACUGGAAAAUUUUGUGGUGUUCCUACUUUCUUUAUGUUUCUUCCAGGCGAGGAUGGAACGGGGAAAUCGAAGCAAAGCCGGAGCGAGAAGAAGAGCCGGAAGGCAAUGCAGAAGCUCGGGAUGAAGCCCGUGACUGGAGUAACGAGGGUGACGAUCAAGAAGAGCAAAAACAUACUGUUUGUGAUCUCCAAGCCCGACGUGUUCAAGAGCCCGGCAUCCGACACUCACAUCAUCUUUGGCGAGGCCAAGAUCGAGGACUUGAGUUCCCAGCUCCAGACCCAAGCGGCGGAGCAAUUCAAGGCACCGGACAUGGGCCGUGUGCCUCCAAACAAGGCCGAGGGCGCUGGAGGCGAGGCCGAGGAGGAGGAAGAGGUGGACGAGACGGGCGUGGAGCCCAAGGACAUCGAGCUGGUCAUGACUCAGGCUGGAGUGCCUCGCAGCAAGGCUGUCAAGGCUUUGAAGGCCACAGACGGAGACAUCGUGAGCGCGAUCAUGGAUCUUACUCAGUGAGCGAGUCGCGAAAGAAAAAUCACACCAGGAACAGGCAAGAACACCGUCGGUCAGUGUAAACUAUGAGCUUGGUUCUGUGCUCUACGUAUUCUCUUUUCCAGGGAGUUUCAUUCAAUUCCAAAGCGAAAUCUUUUUAUUC